AUGUCCAAAGGGGGCUUGAAGAAAAAAAGCCACUGGACCCACCGAGUCCACGAAUGCGCCGUGGUGCGGAACGCCGAGGGCCAGCUGGGCUUCGAGCUGAAAGGGGGAGCCGAGAACGGGCAGUUCCCUUACGUGGGGGAGGUGAACGCCGGCCAGGUGGCCUAUGAGAGCGGCGGGAAGUUGGUGCCCGAGGAGCUGCUGCUGGAGGUCAACGAGACCCCCGUGGCCGGGCUCACCAUCCGGGAUGUGUUGGCCGUCAUCAAGCAUUGCAAAGACCCCGUCCGGCUGAAGUGUGUCAAGCAAGGAGGCGUUGUGGAUAAAGAUCUCCGUCACUACCUCAAUCUACGGUUCCAGAAAGGUUCGGUCGAUCACGAGCUUCAGCAGAUCAUACGAGACAACCUCUACCUCCGAACCGUGCCAUGCACUACAAGGCCUCAUAAGGAGGGGGAAGUCCCUGGUGUGGAUUAUAUUUUCAUCACUGUUGAAGAUUUUAUGGAACUAGAGAAAAGUGGUGCUCUUCUAGAAAGUGGAACCUAUGAAGAUAAUUACUACGGUACUCCCAAGCCUCCAGCUGAACCAGUCCCACUACUAUUAAAUGUCACAGAUCAGAUCCUCCCAGGAGCAACACCCAGUUCGGAAGGCAAACGGAAAAGAAACAAGUCAGUGAGCAACAUGGAAAAGGCAGGAAUUGAGCCUCCGGAAGAGGAAGAGGAAGAGAAAGCGGUGGUCAAUGGCAAUAGCAUGGCAAUCACACCAGAGUCAAGUGAACAUGAAGAAAAGGGCCCCGGUGUUUCAGGAGAAACUUCAUCUCAGCCUUAUCCUGCUCCUGUUUAUAGCCAGCCGGAAGAAGUAAAAGAGGAAAUGGAUGUAACCAAGCAUCCAAAACUUGAAGAAAACGAUGAACUGGGCCCCUUGCCGGAUAAUUGGGAAAUGGCUUACACAGAGAAAGGGGAAGUCUACUUUAUCGACCAUAACACAAAGACUACAUCGUGGCUGGAUCCGCGCUUGGCGAAGAAGGCUAAACCACCCGAAGAAUGCAAAGAAAAUGAUCUUAAUCUAAUGGGUUGGAUCCAAAGAUUCCCUUCUUCCAAUGGAGGAAGCUUUCCUCUGACAAAGGAAGAGAAUGAAGAAUUACCCUACGGCUGGGAGAAAAUUGAUGAUCCCAUCUAUGGCACUUAUUAUGUGGACCACAUAAAUAGGAGGACCCAAUUUGAAAAUCCUGUUUUGGAAGCCAAAAGGAAGUUACAGCAGCGUACCAUGCCCAACGCAGAACUUGGAAUCAAGCCUUUGCCAGUCCAAAGUUUCCGAGAAAAACCCCUCUUCACCCGGGACGCCUCCCAGCUGAAAGGCAGCUUCCUCAGCACAACCCUCAAGAAAAGCAAUAUGGGCUUCGGAUUUACCAUCAUCGGUGGGGACGAGCCCGACGAAUUUCUCCAGGUGAAGAGUGUCAUUCCAGAUGGGCCAGCAGCACAAGACGGCAAGAUGGAAACAGGUGACGUCAUUGUCUACAUUAAUGAAGUCUGCGUCCUUGGACAUACCCACGCAGACGUCGUCAAACUCUUCCAGUCUGUUCCCAUUGGUCAGAGCGUCAACUUGGUGCUAUGUCGUGGAUACCCUCUGCCCUUUGACCCCGAAGAUCCUGCCAACAGUGUCGUUCCGCCACUCACCAUGAUGGAGAGGCCUCCGGUCAUCGUCAACGGAAGACAUAACUAUGAAACGUAUUUGGAAUACAUUUCUAGAACUUCCCAGUCCGUUCCGGAUAUAACGGAUCGGCCGCCACAUUCCUUACACUCCAUUCCAGCCGAGAGUCAGCUCGAUGGCACCUUCCCACCACCCAUCCACGAUGACAAUGUCUCCAUGGCCUCUUCGGGAGCCAAUCAAGCGGAACUCAUUACCUUAACCAUUGUGAAAGGGGCCCAGGGUUUCGGCUUCACCAUAGCGGACAGUCCAACAGGACAGAGGGUGAAGCAGAUCUUAGAUGUUCAGGGGUGCCCUGGUUUGUGUGAAGGUGACCUCAUUGUCGAGAUCAACCAGCAGAAUGUACAGAAUAUGAGCCAUGCCGAAGUAGUGGAUAUACUUAAAGAAUGUCCGGUCGGGAGUGAGACUUCGUUGUUUAUCCAUAGAGGAGGAUUCUUUUCACCAUGGAAAACUCCAAAGCCUAUGAUGGAAAAAUGGGACACUCAAGGCAGUCCACAGACAAGUGUAUCUGCUCCAGCUGCACCACAGAAUAUUCCCUUCCCACCAGCCCUUCACAGAAGCUCUUUUCCCGAUUCAACAGAGGCCUUUGACCCGAGAAAGCCUGACCCAUACGAGCUGUAUGAGAAGUCACGAGCUAUUUAUGAAAGUAGGCGUUCUGAUUACAAGGAGUUAGAUGUUCAUCUUCGGAGAAUGGAAUCUGGAUUUGGCUUCAGAAUUCUUGGAGGAGAUGAACCGGGGCAGCCAAUUCUGAUCGGGGCCGUCAUUGCGAUGGGCUCGGCGGACAGAGAUGGGCGCCUGCAUCCUGGCGACGAAUUGGUUUACGUGGACGGCAUCCCCGUGGCUGGCAAAACUCACCGCUACGUUAUCGAUCUCAUGCAUAAUGCAGCUCGGAAUGGGCAGGUGAACCUCACAGUGAGAAGAAAGUUGCCCCCUUCAGGAGAACCCUGUCCAGAGAAUGGCAGAAGUCCCGGCUCUGUGUCCACCCACCACAGUUCUCCCAGAAGCGACUACGCUACAUAUGCCAACAGCAAUCACGUCACCUCCAGCAACAAUGCAACGCCCCCUGAGAGCUUCCCUUCGCACAGCAUGCAAACCAGCGACGUCAUCAUCCAUCGGAAAGAAAACGAAGGGUUUGGAUUUGUUAUCAUUAGCUCCUUAAACAGGCCCGAAUCUGGGCCGACAAUGGCCGUACCCCACAAAAUAGGGAGGAUAAUUGAAGGGAGCCCUGCUGAUCGAUGUGCGAAAUUAAAAGUUGGAGACCGGAUCUUAGCUGUGAAUGGCCAGUCCAUUAUUAACAUGCCUCACGCCGAUAUUGUGAAGCUCAUUAAAGAUGCUGGCCUUACCGUAACUCUUCGCAUCAUUCCUCAGGAGGAGGUGAACAGCCCAGCUUCCGCACCCAGCUCAGAAAAACAGAGUCCCAUGGCCCAGCAACACAGCCCUGGGACUCAGCAGAGCCCUGUAGCACAAGCAGCCCCUCCUCAGCCUCUACAGACUCAAGGACAUGAAAACAGUUACAGGUCAGAAGUAAAAGCAAGGCAGGAUGUCAAACCCGACAUUCGACAACCUCCAUUUACAGAUUACAGGCAGCCUCCGCUAGAUUACCGGCAUCCCCCUGUAUUAGAUUACCAGCAAUCCCCCCCUUUGGAUUACCGGCAGCCGCCUUUGAUAGACUACCGGCAACAUUCUCCUGACACCAGGCAGUUCCCCUUAUCGGAUUACAGGCCACCUCAGGAUUUUGAUUAUUUUACUGUGGACUUGGAAAAGGGAGCCAAAGGGUUUGGAUUCAGCAUUCGUGGUGGGAGAGAAUACAAAAUGGAUCUCUAUGUCUUGAGAUUGGCAGAAGACGGGCCAGCAAUAAGAAACGGACGAAUGAGGGUGGGAGAUCAAAUUAUUGAAAUCAAUGGGGAAACCACGAGGGACAUGACCCAUGCCAGAGCAAUAGAACUCAUCAAAUCUGGUGGCCGAAGAGUACGGUUAUUACUAAAACGUGGAACCGGACAGGUCCCAGAAUAUGACGAGCCAAACUCCUGGAGGGCCCCCGCUGCCACCUCCCCAGGUCUGUCGGAAGUAACUCUUUCCCCUGAUGACAUUGUCCUGCCAUUAUCUUCAUCGCAUCUAGCCCAAUCCUCUGACCCUUCCCGCCAGAUAAGUCCAGAGUCGGCUUGGGAUAUCAAGAGGGAACACCAUGCCAACAAACCAAAGGAGCUUUCGGUCAAUGGACACAGGAAGAAAAGGUUAGGCGAACAGACCGAGAGGUCUGCUAGUCCGAAGAAGGUUGACAGGUCAAAACACGAAGAGGUGUGGAGGAAAGCAAGUUCAGAAGGCAAGAGUAAGGCUAUGGAGAGCAGAAGGCCAUUGCCGGAAACUAAGGCAGGAGGACUCAACCCAAUGGCCGAGGAUGGCUUCCGAGGACAUGGAUGUGCUGGGACCAACGAGGAAUGGGUUGGGAGAUCCAAGAGGCUGGAAAGCAAACGAGGGGUAUCCCUUGAAGGAAAGGAUCCUUACGUCGUGGGGGCUGUAGAGAAGAAGUCAACCGAACAUGUCAAGCCGGAAUCCAUUGGUGCUACCAAGGCGUAUAGUAGCAAUAGCUGCAGCUCCCAUGGAAGUGACACGGAUCACAGCCAGAAAGAACCAGAGAGGAGGCCCGGUGAAUUCCCACGGAAGGGACACGUCCAUCCCAUCCCGACACACAAUCCCAACCCCUCCGCUCGGAAGGCAACGGUCUCGCCGGGGCCAUGGAAGAUUCCUGGCUCCGAUAAGUUACCCAGGAUCCUAAAAUCGACAACCUCUGCCAUGAGCAGAUAAGCCAUCCACGACUGUUGCCUUCCCGUGGUUCACAGCGAUGCUAGAAACGUCCUCCUUGUUUCUGUCUCCCCUCAUUUUAAUUUAUUUUAACUCAUCUGCUCAAAACGACAGAAAAAACAAAAGCAGUAAACGUGUAAUUCUGCUUAGUACACAUCUACGUCUUAAUAUGUUAAUGGAAGAUAGAUCACUCUUGUAUCUCAACGUGACCUUCAAUUCCCCAGUUUCAUUUCAGAGACUUUGGCAGCUACGGAAGAAACCAAAAUAAUAUGAAAGGACAGUCAACUCAUGCAGUGUAGCUUUACUUUGAUGUUUUCCACUGCAUGAAGGUCUUGGGAUGUUUGUUUUUUUUCAUUCAGACUUUAUAUUGAGAAACUGGAAGAAGUUAGAGCAAUCAUAAACUGGAACAUCGCCUUAAAUAAAACUGCACGGGGAAAGUUAAAAAGUGGAAAUAGAAUAUUUUAUCUGAACUCAACGUUGUAAAUAAAUAGUUCUCGGCAUAUCUAGACAGGGGUUGAAGCAUUGAAAUUGUAAAUCCAUGCUAUGUCUCUACUGUUAACACUUUGGGGGGGAAAAAACAAAGAACCAAAUCUGUCCAAUGUUAGUAUCAUAAUUCAUUAUGAGGCACCCUAGUGAAUUAGCUAAAGCAGAAUCAUUUCUACGUCCAUUUUGUGAACCCGCCAUUUUUCUGUACACCGAGAAAUUAAGGGUGGAAUUGCAUUCAGAAACCUAGCCUCAGAUAGAUUCCUUUCCCAGACAGGCCCACCCACAGAAUUGGAUCUCCAAAUAUCACCUAGGUCAGGGGUCCCCAACUCCCCCCCCCCUGCGGUCCAUGGACCGGCACCGGACCACAACAGUCCAGAAACCAGUCCACGUAAACAAGCGAAGUCCCAUCCGUGGGAUGCAAGUAGCACAUAAAACCACACAUCCUCUGGCCUGCGGGAAAAACUCCACAAAAAAAAAAACGGUUGCUGGUGCCCAAAUGUUUGGGGGCCAUUGACCUCGGUUUCACAGGAGGGAUCCCAAACUACAACUGCUAGAUCACCACUACAAGAGAGUGAUUCUUGAAAAAUGAAAAGCAGUUUUUUUCCCCUCCCUAUCAGAACAGCCUUGGUCUCCUGCAAGAACUCACCACUGUCUAAAUACUAAUUCAACGUCUUUUGAAUAGGCCCGCCUUUGAAUUUUACUCCCCAUCGCACUUUAGAAAGUCUAAACUAGAUGUCCACAAAAGUCCUAUCUUUUAUGAUAGAAACCCACGAGGCAACGCCGCGUUCCUUCCUUCCAUAUUCUGCGUCUUUUUCAUGUCUUCAGUGCCAUCAUAAUAUUUUGUUUGCACAACCGAUGAAGUGUAGGCUUGUUCCCCGAGCUCCGUGAAUCAAUCUUCCUAAUUUCUGAAAAAAAAUCCUUUUUUUUUUUAAGCAACAGCAAUAGAAACAAAAGCAGCAGCACUCGAUAAUAAUUUUCUUUUUCAGACAAAAGGGUUAUCGAACUUGAAAAUAUAAUAUUUUUUUUCCUUGCAAACCCUCCUAUUAUUUCUCAGAAGUAACCUUGUUUGAUGAGCAGAAUCCAGUUACUUUACGAUCAGGAGAAAUGUUGAUUUGAUCAGGGCCGUAAACAAGAGAUUGAAUCUUGGUCAAGCAACAAAACCAGUGGUGGGAUACUGCUGGUUCAGACUGGUUCGUGUGAACCGAUAGUUCCGAUGAUCAGGUGGCCCCGCCCAUCUGCCCCCAUCCUAUCCUGUUCUUUAUUUUUCGCUUUGUAGUUCAUCUCAAUCGCGCGACACAGGAAGGUAGGCAGCUGAGCUUCUAAAUGCUCCAUUUUCAGUGCUGCGCACAAGCACCUUAGCGCAUGCUCACUGAACCGGUUCUUAAACUGUCAGCAUCCCAUCACUGAACAAAACCCCGUAUUUCUAGUUCCGCUCAAUCUACAAUCAGUUAAUCUACCUUUGUUUUCAUUUGUUUUCUUUGGGAGCCACGGAGCUCUCUUAUAUCUUAGACUAAAUCUGAUUGAAGAGAAGGAAAGGAUUUUGCACCUUGGGAGAGAAAAAAAAAAUCAAAAAUGCGUAUUUAAGAACCUGUCCCGUUCUAGUUUUUUAAGAAAGCACAAAGAUAUGUAGCUGUUUACAAAAUAGAAUAUCUAUCUGUCUAUAUAUAUAUUAAUUAAAGAAAUAGAGAGAGCUAUAUCUUUAUUCCCAGCCUAGAUAUUUGGCAGAAUUUGCUGUUUAAUUUAUUAAACCUGAAAUGUAGACAGGACUUCUCUAGCAAAGAUGGGGAAAAUUGAGAUUCUUGUUCAACUUCAGUUUGCAUCUCUUAUGUGGAUCACACGGCUUUAUGUGGCUGUAAUUGAUAACCUGUGAAGGCAUCAUUUAAACCCCAUUCCAGAUAAUAUUUCUGUGUAGUGUUAGCUGUGAAUUUACCUUGUACAGCUCUAUUGCUAUAAAUAUAAUUCCAUGUAUUAAUAGUCACAGAAAAGCUGUAAGUGAGCAACUAUUUUUAUGAAACACCACUAUGGAUAAAUUAACUUUUACAGAAAUCUUGUUUACUGUAUGAUAUUCUAAACCACUCAAAUAAAAUAUAU